UUAUUGUUUCUCCAUCAAAACCAAAGUAUCUUUUAUUUACAAAAUUGAUUUCAUAUGAUUUCAAACAUAGAAAUAUAUUUUUAAUUUCAUGGUCUGAAUCAAGCAGGAUUUGAACGGAAAUCAAUAAGCCAGGAACAAACGUUUCAGUGUGAUCAGUCUUGUUAUAUUUCAGAAUGGCGGAUAGCUCGUUGACAGACUUCCAAAAGGAGAAAAUACUUCGGGUGUUUCAUUUAUUAUACGAUACCAAUCAAGAUGGGAUGAUAAAGAAAGAAGAUUUCGGGCUUGCUGUUGAGAAAGUAUGUAAGAUAUUAGAUUGGACGAAAGGUGGCAAGGAAUAUUCUGAGGCAGAGGAAACACUGAAUUUGAUAUGGGAAGGUCUAAAGAAAUAUGCUGAUGAAAACCAGGAUGAUAAGGUGUCGGAAGAUGAAUGGCUCAAAAUGUGGACAGAAAGUGUAAAGGACAUUAAAAGUGGUAAAGAGUUUCCAGAAUGGCAGAAAAAGUUUGUAGAUUUCAUGUUUAAAGUCAACGACAAAUCGGGUGACAAUGAAAUAGACGAGAAUGAAUUUAGCACAGUUUAUCAAGCAUAUGGUAUAAGCAAAGAUAAUUGUAGCACUGCCUUUAAGAAAAUAUCUGGUGGUAAAAAUAUUACUAAACCAGAAUUUGAGGCAUUGUGGAAGGAAUAUUUUGUUUCCAACGACCGAUCAUCCAAAGGAAAUUAUCUUUUCGGUGUGCCUGAUUUCAUUUGAAGGUGUACCUGACUUGAUGAUGAAUGUAUUGGUGAUAUUUCGCCGACUCUAUUUGAUGUUUCAGUGAAGAUGUUAAUUGUUUAGUCAUUUCCGGUAGUGUCGUGAUGCUGUGUUUGUUUUCGGAACUUUCAAUGGAAGGAUGAUCUACUUUACAGAGACAUAUAGUUAUUAACUCUUGGUCUCUAUAGAAGAGUGUUGCUUAUUUGCAGUUAUACCACAUCUUUGUUUUCUGCGAAAUAUGAUUAUUAGUAUUAGUAUAAACAUUUAACAAACGAUAAUUUUACAUAUUUAUUGUGUUUUUAAUCUUCACAGAAGUAAGGAACUUAUGUUAAGCUCACAUUAAUGUUCAUCCAUAUUUAGCAUAUCUGACUUAAGGAUCAAAAUGGUGAUCAUUGAAAUGAUCCAGAUCAGAUUUAGCUAUUGAUUUAUGUUUGCUUGGCUUACAUGGGAAUAAUAGCGAGGCAUAUGUAGAACAAAUUGAAGUGAGACCACAAUCAUGGAUAUGUCUGAACUUUCAUAUAUUCUCAAAGUUUUAUCUUUUCAAACUCGUUUACAAGUGGUCUUUACAUUAGCAAUAUCAUCAGAUACAAAUUAAAUUACACAUAUAAUGAUAAUGAUUAUGUUUUCGUCAUAGGCAAGCAAAUACAGAGAAUUGUUUAGAAAAAUUGUUAUUGAAACAUUUAUAAAAGAAGGGCGUGCAACCAAGGAAUACACUUUCUAUAAUUUUUAUUACAACUGCUAAGACAGAAGAUUGUGUGACGCUAAUUUAACCGAGUGCAUGUGUAAAAUGUCUUUAAUCACUAUAAAAGAACAUGCUAUCUAGAUGAAAAUAUUUUGCUCACAUCAUAUUUAUUAUACCGAGCUACGAAAUUUGUAUUGCAUAUGUAGCCAAUGACUCUGUAUUCAUUUCUCUAAUCCCCCAUGAUAUCUAAUUACAAAG